CGAUUGGAGGGGGUCCACCUACAACUCUUGCAGCUCCCCCACAUCCACCACCACCACUGCGUUGUCGGGGCUGUGGUGGGACAUUAACGGCGCGAGACGAUCGAAGGGGGCAAACGAGUGCACUGACAGCUCGCUAACGACCCCAGACAAGAUGGUCUCGUCGCACCCAACGUGGGACGAUAUCGAGGCAGCGGUUCGAUCUCCCACGCUCUCGCCAAAGAGCUUGCAGCCGUCCAAGCCAGCGCCCGAGCCAGGAUGGCACACGAAUGACGCCGACGUGACCGACUUCGGGCCGUCUCGGCUCGACGACGACGUUGAGAUUGUUCCUUGCAGAGAUUGCGGCAAGGUCGUCCUCCGUGACGCCCUCAGCUUCCACAAGCAGAAUUGCCAGCUAAUCUAUGCCAUUGCCGAGCGCCAGAUCUCGCCGAGCAUCAUCGAGGGCGAUCCGGCGAGCCUGUCGCGAAAGCGCCGAUUGUCUGAGGUCUCGGACUCGUCGCUGGACCACACAGGCUUGGCCGACUCGACGGAGAAGUUGAGCAAAAAGGCACGCAAGGCGCUCGAGGUGGAAGCGCGCAAGAAGGCCCGACUCGAGGCAAAGGAGGCGGCCAAGCAGGGCAAGGCCAACAAGCGCAAGAAAGGACCAACGGAUGUGGACACGCAGUGUGGCGUCAUCAACGACAAGGGCCUGCCCUGCUCGAGAUCCUUGACAUGCAAGUCACAUUCGAUGGGUGCCAAGCGUGCAGUACCCGGCCGGUCGAGGCCAUACGACGAGCUGCUGCUUGAGUGGCAGCGCGUCCACAAUCCGGCUCUCGUGGCCAAGCUCGAGGAAAAGGAGCGGGCACUCGCGGCGUCCAAGGCAGCCGCGGCCGAGCGCAAGCACCGCAAAGCCAUGGAGAAGAAGAAGGCUGCCGCCGAGUCGAGCAACCGUGCCAACGGCGGAGGAGUCGGCAAGAAGAAGCUGACGUCUUCCCCCUCCAAGGCGGGUGCAGACUCGGCGGCAGCCAUGGCUGCCGCCGGCGGCGAUGUGCGGCAGCUGGCCAAGAUGCAAGAGGAUCCCGAGGCAGACAUGUUUGUCCUUGGCUUUUCCGACGACGAAAUCGACAUCGAGAUUCGAGACCUGGUGCUGGCCAUUCGGGCGGUGGCGUCAAGCGAACGCACGCGGAUCCUGCCUCUGGCCAGCCAGGCUUUCGCGGGCGUCUACACGAGAAAGGCACAUAUGCUCAGAGGAUGCCGCGACCUGCUUCGAGAGGGGCUAAAGGGCACAAGAAGUGCGAACAAUGGUCUCUUCAUCCCCAAUGCCCCCAGCCUCAUGGCCGCUCAAAGCCAAUCGUAGAUCGAGCACAUCUGGACAUCUACCUCAGGUCCUUCUCUCUCUCUCCUUCUCUCUCUCUCCUCUAGCACACUACAAGCAACACCAUCAGAUCCGGUCUCUUUCUGUUUUGCUUACACGUUCUUCUUUAUAUAUCACCCAUUGUAUCAAUAGUCUAUCUCAAUCUCAGCAUCUGUCUGGCGAGAUCGCAUCUUCUCGCAUGAGCCUUAAGCUUGUUGCCUACUUGGCACCCUCCUUCUCAGCCUCUGCGAGAUGGUGUCU